AGGCAAUCGGUUGUCAACGCAACCGAUUACCUGCUAUAUGAGGAAGGCAAUCGGUUGUUUACCUGCUAUAUAAGGACAGCCUUAGCAACUGUGACAGCCUUCGCAACACAUAACCAUGGAAAACGUUAACAUAGUUUAUGCCUGUCACUCCUGUCAAAAGGAAUUGUCUUCCUGUCGCAGCCUACGCGAUCAUCUUAUAAAAGUCCACAAGCUCAACUUUGAAUUCGAACAAAUUUAUCAAAAGCGUGGCAAGAACUUUGACAAUUUCAUUUCAAAAAAGUAUAUUGAUACUCACCCAGAACUUGAGUAUACUCGCCGCUUUGAGUGUUCCAGUUGUCGGGAACUAUUUGGUUGUAUCGAAGAACUGGGAGAACACUUUUGCAAACAUAUCCAACCAAAAAAUCCCAAGAAAAGACCGGUUAAAGAAGGCACAAGUAGCAACAGCAGUAGCAGCAACAGCAGCAAAAAAAAGGUUUCUUUGAACAAGGGCAAAAAGUUGCACACGUUUGACUGCCAGUUAAUUUCAAAAAUAAAUAUACAAAACGGCCCAAAAUUCACAUUGGAGGAUAUGAAAAGACUAUCACCAAUGUACUCGUUUCGAUUCCAAGGCGCACGUUAUCCAGCGAGCAGUGAUAUUGAUGUCGUCAUUGCCAAUAACCAGCAAGAACAGCGCCGUUUGACUUCUCUAAAUCGACAUCCUGAAUCCUUGCGCAUCCUCCGCCUGGCCCUAAAUUGCAAAGAUGUCGAUGAGCUAGAGGAUUUCCAUUUUGGGAAAGUGCCCGUUACUGCAAGUAAGGAAGAAAGAGGUUUAUUCCUCUGUAUCCGUCACACACUGCAAGACUUUGUAUCCAAGUGCAGACGUAAGGCGGCUACUGUCCCUACCAACCACGAACGCACCUUUUUUUUCGACCGAGUCAUGCCUAUCAUCAAUUAUUUUGCAGACAACAGCGGUGCUGUUUAUUUCGAAUGGGGUGAGAAAAAAAUUAUGAGUCGCCAAGCUGUAACGCUAUCUGUGGCUCUAUCACAAACCUCAAGUCCCAAUUACGCUGAUGGUAUUGGAUACUCGACGACUGUUGAUGUCUUGGAUGAGGAACGCAUAAUGAUCGAGUGUUCAUCUGGUGGCCGAGAAGAAAAUAUCCAGCAUACCUACGGCGAUAGCUUGAAGCUCGUCGAAUCUCUUACCAGUAUGCUGGUUCUAAAAGCAUACAGACGAUGUAAUGCAAAUUUCGAGACAUUUAUCAAGUUCAAGACCGUUGGCAUCCAGUGUGUCAAAAGAACGCUGACGCUAUUCAUCUUAUCGAUGAAUGAGCAGAAAAAGCUAGUGGUUGAGGAGCGUAGAAGUGCAAACGUACCGAUCAGCUUUAACGAGAUAUUCGACUGGAUGCAAGUUUUCGAACUAGUGGCCCAUUUGCAGGUUAGUAUUUUCCCUAUUCAUUGGGCGGAAAGAAAACUAACUUUUCUUUAAUUUACUCAGGAGUUGGUGUUGGAGCAGCAGCAUGUCGAUCAAGAAUUGCAUGCAGAACAUGCGGGAAUCACGGCAGUCGAGAACGAAGACACAAUAGGAAAAGCAUUCGAAGACUGCGAAAUGGAUUUUGAUGUUGACCUCGAAGCUACCGAACCAGAAUGCGUUGAAGAGCAAUAGUGCCCUUGUUAUUGUAUACCGUUACCCUUUAGCCAACCUUU